CCUUACACGUACGACACAACUUCAUCCGCAUUUGUCAUCGAGUGAUCGAGAUGUGUUGUUAUCGCUGCGUAGUUCAAUAUUUUCGUGUGCUCAUUGCAAUUUAAGCGGAUAGCGAUUGCCCAUAAAAUUAUUUUGUAUUGAUAAGUUGCCUUCUGCGCCAGUGAGUGUAAAGGCAAUUUACAAUAGGACGUUACGUUAAGUCGCACAUUAUCCUCGUCAAAAUAUAUCUGUGAUUUUAUUUUAGACAAGUAUAGAAAAUGAAGACCUUUCUGCCAAUCAUAGUGCUUCUGGCUGUUUUUUCUUCAGCUUUCGGCACACAAUGCAACGUGAACCCGGUUAACAUUCCGAAGCAAUGGGUGACCAUGUCCCAUGGUUGCCGCAGCAGCGUCCGUCAGCAGAUCCAGAUGGAGGUUGCCGCGUCUGUACAGUACUUGGCGAUGGGCGCCUACUUCUCUAGGGACAGUGUGAACCGCCCCGGUUUUGCCAAGCUUUUCUUUGACGCCAGCUCCGAAGAGAGACAGCAUGCCAUGAAACUGAUUGAGUAUCUCCUUAUGCGAGGCGAGCUUACCACCAACGUUUCUUCAUUGAUCACUAUUAGGCCCCCAGAACGGAAACACUGGUCAUCAGGUGUCGAAGCUUUGGAAGAAGCCCUCAAGUUGGAAACCGAGGUGACCAAGGCCAUCAAGAAUGUGAUCAUCAAGUGUGAACACGAUAAGGAUAGCCAGGGUCACGACAACAAUGAUUACCAUCUCGUCGACUACCUGACCGGCGAGUUCCUGGAAGAACAGUACAAGGGUCAACGCGACCUCGCCGGCAAGGCCUCGACCCUCAAGAAAAUGAUGGAGCGCCAUUCAUCUCUCGGAGAAUUCAUCUUCGACAAGAAACUUCUCGGAAUGGACAUCUAAGAGUCCAAGUCAAUUAUUAUAGCUUUUUUUUAAUUGAAUAGUGUAUUAAUAAAUAUAUAAAAACUUUGGUAGCAAUUUUAAUUUAAUCACAAAAAUAAAUUAUUAGAUCAAGUAAUAAUCUUGUCAUUUAUUUGCCGGAUGUAUGUUUUUGGUCAUUAUAUGUAAGUACUACUCGGAAUUUAUUGCAUACAUAUUAUAUAGGACCUUUUUUAGAUCAAAUUUUAAACACGGCCUAUAUCUAAAUUUUAUUUGCUUAUUUUUUUAUUUGACAUAAUUAUAAUUUAAUAAGAUAUAAAAAAUAAACACAAAGUUUUUUCAGCCACUACAAAUGUCUAAUUUUUCUUUUAUAUUUAAUUAGUUUGCAUUAGGCUAUAAAAUGUUACAUUAGAACUAUUGUAGAAUACUUAAGAGUAUUAAAUUCAUUAGAUUAGGACUGAAAUAAAAAUUAUUAAAAAAAUGGUGUUUAAUUCUCGGUUACCAAUGUCAAAAUAGGCGCCAUUUUGUCAUCCAAAACUUAAUUAUGAACAUGGUUGUUUUUUUUUUUCAUACAAAUAAAGUUUACUCACCAAA